AAGAGAUGAAGGCAAGUGGGAUUGAUACGUCGGAGCUAACAAACUGCGAGCGUUUGUCAGAGGAGCUGGUGGAGCGCUUUGCUGAAGCAAAGUCAGAAGUGGAGGCAGCAAAUGAAAAAAAGGAUUUGGAUAGACAGAAGGGGGAGGAGAUGCGGAACCGGGAGAUGGAGAAGCUGGGGGAGACGAGCAAAAGGAAGGAAGAUGAUGGGCCAGUGGCAAAGAACAGAAGAGGGAAUGGGAGCGAAACCCUUGUAUAUUUAAGAGAAAAGGCGUAGGAACAGUUUGAGUUAAAAAAAAGAAGAGCUUGAACUAAGAAAGCAAGGGCAGCUGCAGCACUCAAACAGCAGGAAGGAAUGCUACAGCACCUUCAGCAACAAAGCCGCCAACAGUUUGAGCUGCAACAGCAGGAAGGAAUGCUACAGCACCUUCAGCAACAAAGCCGCCAACAGUUUGAGCUGCAACAGCAGGAAGGAAUGCUACAGCACCUUCAGCAACAAAGCCGCCAACAGUUUGACCUGCAACAGCAGGAAGGAAUGCUAGAGCACCUUCAGCAACAAAGCCGCCAACAGUUUGAGCUGCAACAGCAGGAAGGAAUGCUACAGCACCUUCAGCAACAAACCCGCCAACAGUUUGAGCUGCAACAGCAGGAAGGAAUGCUACAGCACCUUCAGCAACAAAGCCGCCAACAGUUUGACCUGCAACAGCAGGAAGGAAUGCUAGAGCACCUUCAGCAACAAAGCCACCAACAGUUUGAGCUGCAACAGCAGGAAGGACUGCUACAGCACCUUCAGCAACAAAGCCGCCAACAGUUUGAGCUGCAACAGCAGGAAGGAAUGCUACAGCACCUUCAGCAACAAAGCCGCCAACAGUUUGAGCUGCAACAGCAGGAAGGAAUGCUACAGCACCUUCAGCAACAAAGCCGCCAACAGUUUGAGCUGCAACAGCAGGAAGGAAUGCUACAGCACCUUCAGCAACAAAGCCGCCAACAGUUUGAGCUGCAACAGCAGGAAGGAAUGCUACAGCACCUUCAGCAACAAAGCCGCCAACAGUUUGAGCUGCAACAGCAGGAAGGAAUGCUAGAGCACCUUCAGCAACAAAGCCGCCAACAGUUUGAGCUGCAACAGCAGCAAUGGCAACAGCAACAACGGCAGUGGCAGCAACAGCUACAGCAAUCCCAGCUGGAGCAGCGACUGCAAGAGAUGCAGUUACAGCAGCAAAUGCAAAUUGCACAAACAAAGCUCUUGAUGUCCCUAAUAGAAAAAAUAAACAAGGAGCAGUAAAUUCAAUGCUUUUCUGCCCAUUUAAUUUCAGAGUAAUUAUAAAAAGCCUUGAAUUUACUGUUCCUUGUCCAUAGACAAGGCCUCAAGUCUCUGUCUAUGCCCUUUUAAUUUUCGAUUAAUUGCAGAGACUUUUCCAUCUUUUUUAUUAUUUAACUUAUAUUUACUGAAGUAUGAAUCACUUGACCACAAUGAUAAUUAAUCUACUCAAAAAUGAACUUCGUGUGCAUUUUGUAUCCAAACAUGCAUGUAGAAAAUGUAUUAAAUCUUUGAAUGCUGAGUUUUGUACUUGAGCAAUUUUAAAAUAAAAAUGACAUUUAUUAGACAAAUGCAGUGUUUUCACCUCAAAGCUUUUAAUCACAUACAUGAAGUAUAGAAAAAAUAAGGAGAUAAUAAUAAAAGCAAUGUUUACACUCGUUAUAUUUUCCAAAAUUCUUUGAGUCUGGAUCCCAAGAACAUUUUAAAAAUAAAUAUCCUAAAGCCCCCCGAAAAAAAAAACAAU